AUGAAAUCUUUCAACCCGAACCUCUUCCUCCUGGUCUUCCUCCUGGCCCAGCUGGGUUCCAAGGCCGCCCCCUCAGCCUCUCCACCUCUUGACUCUGACUUUAAGGGGAUGGACCAUCCCUCUGAGACCUCCCCUGGUGCUUCUGAAAAUUCCACUAAAGAUUGGCCUAACCCAGAAUUCCCUGGGACUGUUUAUCCUGAGCCCUCUGAGACCCCUAAUACGGUUUCUCCUGAGACCUCCCACUUCGACGUCACUGAGACUCUCAAUCUUCACCUCCAAGAAACUUCAUACCCCAAGUCCCCUGAGACCCCUAAGCCUGAAUUACACACAACCUCAGUAUCAGCUCCCCUGGAUACCCCCAAAACUAACCCCUUCAAAGUGACGGAAACUUCUGAGACUCCCAAACCUGACCCGACUGGAAAUCCACACCCAAGAUCCCCUGAGACCCCCCAACCUAAUUUCUCAGAAACUUCACACCCAGAAUUUCCUGAGAUCGAAAACACUGACCCUAUACAGACUACACACCAAGAAUUCCCAGAGAAUCCUCAACUUAAUACCACUGAAGUCUCACAUGCUAAAACCCCUGAGGCCCCAAAUCCUGACGCCACCAAGGCCCUUGAUCCCAAAUCUCUAGAAACCCAGGACACUGAUACCACUGAGAUCCCAAAGUCUGAAUUUCCUGAAACAAGCCAUCCUGACCCUACUGAAACCCCCCAUCCAGAGUCCCUUGUGAUCUACUCCAGCCCUACUGACAUUCCUCAAACAGAGUCCCCCCCAACCCACUACCAAGAUGCAACAGAGAUCUCCACGACCUCUGAGCCUGAAACCUCCACUAGUCUUCACCCAGAAACGCUUAUGUCCCUCGAGGAUGAAGUCACUGCCUUAAAUGGACUGCACCUGAACCCCCCAGCAGAGACCCAUACAGCCCCACAGCCUGACCUCUCUAAACUGCCCACCUCAGAUUCUCCAGGGACCAGUGAGCUGAAGGCCCCUCAGAACUCUGGCCCUAAAGGGCCGGACACUCCUCCUCCCUCAGCCAGGAUCGCAGGUCCCCCAGUUUCUCAAGAGCUCCCCAAUCAGCAGGCCCCUGCAACACCCCGACCUCAGAGACGCAGCAGAGGUGACAGAGUCAACACUAUCAUUGUGGUGGAGCGAGUGAAAGAGACCGGGGUGACUCUGGUGGGACGCCCACGUGGCGCGACAGGAGGGGCCCUGUGCCUGUUCUUUGCGGGGACGGGGCUGCUGAUCGGCAUCUUCCUGCUGCUGUGGUGUCUCUACCGCCGGGCGGCCCAACAGCGGUCCUUCGCCCACCACCGGCUCCCGGACGGCGGGGAUGAGCCAGUCUUGCAUUUGGACACCCCGAAGGACCCCUACGACCUCUACUUUUAUGCACCGGAUGCCUGGGUCCCUUCACACAUCGCCACCAAGCAGCCCCCUCCCACACCCCCACUACCACCCAAGCUGCCCCCGCCACCACGCGGGGGUCGGCCCCAGCGCCUGGAGUCGCUGUCCCCGGCCACGCUCCCCAACAACUUCGUGUGA